AUGACUCAUGAUCGUGGGACGUCGGGAAUCGGUACUGAUAUUUUUGUCGCUGAAGUACGACUUGAGAAAUUACACAAGCAACUGGCUGAUGCUGAUGAUGAAAUCAUACUAGCAAACAACAAGUUACGGGAAGCAGAAAGCAGAAUGGAGAAAAACCCUCAUCUAGAUGAAGAAGAGCGGCAUCACCUUGAGGGGUUGCUGAUGGACCACCUUCAAGCAGUUAGAGGGCUCAAGGACCGUGUGACUCAGCUAGAGGAAGGCAUGGCAACCACUCUAGAUAUCAUAGAGUCUAAGGAUAGAGAGAUGGCUGAUCUGAAGAGGCAGCUUGCACUCGUGGAGGAAGGGGACCCCAGACAUGCUGAACUUGAAGCUCAGCUGGCUGACAAGGAAUUGCAAGCAGCCCAGGUGGCUAAGGACUAUGCAAACAUUCAGCAUGACCUUGACAAUACAUUAGGCAGACUUACUGCAGAGAUGGAUAGAGUUAAAGGUCUAGAACAACAACUAGUAGAUGGGCAAGCGGAUCUUAACAAUGAGCUUCGGAGUGAGCUUGAGAACAUCGUUCGAGGCCUGACCAACUACCUGAACCAGGUCAAAGGUCAGGUGGUGGAACAGCAGAGGGAGAAUGCUAGACUGCAGCAGGAGAGAGAGGAGCUCCUUGUCAGACUGGCUGAGAGAAAAGAUGGGCAGAAGAAUGCACUUGAAAAGUUAGAUCAGAAUCUGCACCUGAUCAUGGCUCAACAUGCAUUCUCGCCAUCUUGGUCUGCCUUGGGUCCUGGACCUUGA